UACACAGCAGUAUUGGGGUGGCGUCUGUCACUGAGUGUUUUGCUGCUCGGAGGUUUUUCCACAGAGAUGGCCAGAGAGCCGUAGCAGACUGUGGGCCUUCAGGCUGGGCAUUUUACCGACAGCCGUAACGGUAGAGAUCCACAGAGACACGGAUAGUAACACGGAGAGGAGUCGGACGACAGACCAGAGGAAUCAUGGGACACGGAGUGGGCUGAACCAGAGGGUCAAGCAGCACACAACAAUUGUUUCCCACUGUGGUGAAUGACAUGGCCACGGCCUCGUCUAGAGCAGAGACUAGCCAUAACCACAGAGGAACAUCACAGCUCCAUGCCGUUGUUUCCUGUGCCAAAAUCAAGAGGAAGAAGAGUCUCUUUGGGACGGCCAUCUAUGUGGAGGUGACAGCGGAGGGGGAGUCGCGCCGCACAGCCAAGUCUCACAGCUCCUCUAGUCCAAAAUGGGACGAAAGACUCACUCUGAAUGUAACACCGCACACACAGGUAGAUUUCAAAGUAUGGAGUCACCACACGCUGAAGGCCGAUGCUCUGCUGGGAAAAGCCACGCUGGACCUCACUCAAGCCUUGGAGCAGCAUGACAGAAAAUUGGAGAAUGUGAAGGAGGUUCUCAAGCUGAGUGUGGAGCAGAAAGGAGCUGUGGUGCCUGCUGGAGAGCUUACUGUUUACCUGGAUGGCCUGACAGUCUCUGACCAGGAGGAACUGACUCCGCUAACCAACGGCAAUGCAGCAAAUGGCACCAAAGUCCAACAGAAUGGUGAUGCAAUCCAUGAAAAUGGAGAAUCUUCUUCCUCUUCCUCAAGGGCUGCCAACAGCUCAGUGAAUGGUACUGACCCCGGCCUGAGGUCAGGUUCCUGUUCGGCCUCCAACGGUCUAGACGCUCAGGUGCCUUCAAGCUCCUGCAGCCCCGCCCUCAGUCAUGUGGUCAACGGAGACGCCACACCAAACUCCACCCCAGUGCAUCAACCAUCAGACAGCGACACAGAGAGCAGGAUGGUAAACGGGGAAUCCUGUGAUGCUUCUCUUGGGUCUUCGUCUGCGACAACCGGUGAAGUGCUGCCCUCUGCAGACAACAAUGAGGACUGCAAUCCAGAAGCCACUGUGCCAGACUCUAACAUAGCAACAAACAGCACAUCUCAAGCCGUGCCCUCCUCCACACAGACUCCGGCCUCCACCUCUGCUGCUAAACCCUCUGAUGGCUCUGCUGCUGCUGCUACUGCUGCUGCUGCCUCCUCCACGCUCACCUCUUCAUCACAGGGAUCCACCGCCGUCACAAACUCCUCUUCGUCGUCCUCUUCCUCCCCAGCUCUGGGAGAAAACAAUGCUUCAGGAGGUGGGGGAGGUAACACUAGUGCAGCUACGACCACAGACGGGGCCAAGCCAAGGCAGCAGGUGCCCAACACAGGAGCCUCUGAUCCUCUUCCACCAGGGUGGGAGCAAAGAAAAGACCCUCAUGGGAGAACAUAUUACGUAGACCACAACACCAGAACUACAACCUGGGAAAGACCACAGCCACUACCACCAGGUUGGGAGCGCCGUGUGGACGACCGGGGUCGGAUCUAUUACGUUGACCACAACACCCGGACCACUACGUGGCAGCGACCCACCAUGGAAUCAGUCCGAAACUUUGAGCAGUGGCAGAGCCAGCGCAGCCAGCUGCAGGGAGCUAUGCACCAGUUCAACCAGAGAUACCUCUACUCUGCAUCUAUGAUGUCCGCUGAGAAUGAUCCUCUCGGUCCGCUGCCUCCUGGAUGGGAGAGACGUGUGGACUCCAAUGACCGGGUGUACUUUGUCAAUCAUAACACAAAGACAACGCAGUGGGAGGACCCACGAACACAAGGGCUACAGAACGAGGACCCUCUUCCUGAAGGUUGGGAGAUCAGAUACACAAGGGAAGGAGUUCGUUACUUUGUGGAUCACAACACCAGAACCACCACUUUCAGCGACCCACGCACUGGAAAGUCCUCUGUCACCAAAGGUCCUCAGAUUGCUUAUGAGCGCAGCUUCAGAUGGAAGCUUGCACAUUUUCGCUACUUGUGCCAGUCCAAUGCUCUGCCUAGCCAUGUGAAGAUCACCGUCUCCAGACAGACGCUGUUUGAAGACUCUUUUCAGCAGAUUAUGGCCCUGAAGCCUUACGACUUAAGGAGGAGACUCUACGUCAUCUUCAGAGGAGAGGAGGGUCUUGACUACGGUGGAUUAGCUCGAGAGUGGUUCUUCUUGUUGUCUCAUGAAGUGCUGAAUCCCAUGUACUGUCUUUUCGAGUACGCGGGUAAGAGUAACUACUGUCUGCAGAUCAACCCAGCAUCAGCCAUCAACCCUGACCACCUCUCCUACUUCUGCUUCAUCGGACGCUUCAUCGCAAUGGCACUUUUCCAUGGAAAGUUCAUCGACACUGGCUUCUCUCUGCCUUUCUACAAACGAAUGUUGAACAAGAAGCUGAUCCUCAAAGAUCUGGAGUCAAUUGACCCAGAGUUUUACAACUCACUGAUCUGGAUCAGAGAUAACAACAUUGAGGAGUGUUGUCUGGAGAUGUAUUUCUCAGUGGAUAUGGAGAUUCUGGGGAAGAUCACGUCCCAUGACCUCAAACCUGACGGAGCCAACGUUCUCGUGACUGAGGAGAACAAGGAGGAGUACAUUAGUCUGAUGGCAGAGUGGAGGUUUUCCCGUGGGGUCGAAGGUCAGACAAAAGCGUUCCUGGACGGUUUUAAUGAAGUGGUUCCUCUUCAGUGGCUGCAGUACUUUGAUGAGAAAGAGCUGGAGGUGAUGCUGUGUGGCAUGCAGGAAGUUGAUCUGCAGGACUGGCAGAGGAACACCGUGUAUCGACACUACACCAGGAACAGCAAACAGAUCAUCUGGUUCUGGCAGCUGGUGAAAGAAGUGGACAACGAGGUACGUCUGCGUCUCAUGCAGUUCGUCACAGGAACUUGCAGACUCCCUCUGGGCGGCUUUGCAGAGCUCAUGGGAAGCAACGGGCCUCAGAAGUUCUGCAUAGAGAAGGUGGGGAAGGACACGUGGCUUCCACGGAGCCACACGUGUUUUAAUCGUCUGGACCUUCCUCCUUACAAGAGCUUUGAGCAGCUGAAAGAGAAGCUGCUGUUCGCCAUCGAGGAAACUGAAGGAUUCGGCCAAGAAUAGACAGACGCAUCCUUGUCUUUUUUUCUCCUCCCCCAUUGCUGAGUAUUCAGCCAAGUAAAACAAAAAAAAAUUGCACAAGAUAACCACCAAUGUAUAUAAGCUAUUUUGUCAUUUUAAACCAAAUCUUAAUUUGCAGCAUUAUUUAUGCAGCAGCCCUGGAAUAUUAUCUGACCCCCAUCAUGAAAUAUGCAAGCAUUUCAGCUCAUCUGUUUAAAAACAGAAAUCAUGGGUAUUUUUUUAAUUUCCCUCCCUCUGCCGACAGCUUUUUAAAAGAGACAAAGUGUUUUCGAGUGGAUUUUAUAGAGGGAGAAUUAUCUUCAUUUAAAGCUCUAGUUCUAUAGAGCUUCUGAAAAAAUUGAGAGUAGUGUCGGGGUCCGGUGCCUGAAUUAACCCCCCCCCCCCGAGUCGCAGUAAAUGUUGCGACUCUCUGCGUGUUUGCAUGGCUGCCUCUGAAGACUGCUGUAAGUGCCCUCCAUAAACACAAAAAAGACAUUAUAACAAUGACACUCUGAAUCUUUUUGAGCUUUUUUCUUUUUAAAAUUAUCAAAAAAAAAAAAAAAGCAAUGGACUAAUCAGGACGGACUGAAGCAGAGAGAGCCUGGAUGCCACCUCAGAGAAAGAAGCAUCAUUGGUUUGGUUUGCGUUCAGACAAGAGGGGAAGACAACGUUGGAGAAAGCUUGAUUCAUCAAGAGGAGCACAGGGACAAGAGGAAAAAAGAGCUAAGUUAAAGUAAAAGAGCGAUGUGUGUUUUUGUGUAUGUGUGUGGCAUGAAUGUGACCUAUGCUUCAUAGCACUGAUGUUCGAGUCAGACUCUGGAUGUACUCCAGGACAUUAAAUUGAAAGAAUGAGCUUUUCUGAAAAAAAUGUCCCAACAAAAGAGACAAAAAACAACAAAAUGGCUCAGUUGCUCCUGUGAUUUUUUUCCUCCUUUAAUGUCAUGUCUCUAGUCCAAUGAAGCCACUGUGGUUUACAGAGAGCCUAACAAGAUGACUUUAUAAUAUGGAUACAGCGUUAACUUUACUUAAAAGAUUAUUUUUAACCUGGUCUGUUCUUUUGACAUGUUUUUGGGGUCUAAAUUACUAAAAGACACAAAACUCUCCUUUUAUUCAGCAAACAGCAGUGAAACAGGCUGCAAUGGUGUCAGGACAUUUUUUGGUGUAACACAUGAGCCUGGUAGUAUGUUGACCACAAACCAAACAUUAAAACUACCAACAGCUCAAAAUAACAAAAAGAUACAGUGUUUGUUAGUGUUACUUUUUAGAGGAAACUUGUGUUACAUAUUAAGGUAAAAAAUAUACUACUACUACUAUAAGAAACAAAAACAAAAAUAUAUAUCAGCGAAAUACAUGCCAGCGGCAGCAGAGUUACUGAGAGGAGCAAGACUAAAGCAAUUACAAACCACAACUCUAAUUAAUAAAUAAUGAAUAAAUAACUAUAGGAGUUUUUAGGAUUUGGGCUUUUAUUGCAGCUAUCAGCAUUAAGCAGCCUGAAUAUCUGUUUGUUUUCCUUAGGGGGUUGGGGGGGUAUGAGGUUGCACAGUCCUGACUCGUUCCACAUGUCUGUUGUCAAAGUGGCACAGUAAAAUGUGCAAGUGCCUUUGAAUGUGUUGACUCUACCCUCCUUCCACAGACAGGUUUAAGGCCCAUAAUAUGUUACUCUGCAGACUAAUAACAAAAUUACAAAUAUAAAAUCUUAAAGCUCUGAAAUAUGCUCAGUCUAACAACUAACUGGACAGAGGCCAUUAGAAUGAGGCACAGCCUGUGCGUAAUACUGUAUGCUUCAUUGUAACGGCUGUGUAGCACAGGCUGUUUCAGUGAAAACAAUACAACACAAGCUAUUGAACUCACAUUUUGCUUUUGUCUUUUUCCCUUUUGGACAUAAUGAGGAUAAUUCCAUGGUGCGAUGCCGUCCUCUCCUUCAUCUCACAAGCUAAAGCGUCUAGCUAUUCCUGCCAUCUGACACAGCUGGCACAGAGCUUACCUGCCAACGUGCCAAUAUGAGGAGAGACACUGAAACAGAGCAGCUGCUUUGAUUUGUUUUUUCUUUUUUCCUUUUUUCUUGUGGCAACAAAAGUGACAGAUUACUUUUAUGAGAAAAGUAACUAAAAAACAAAUUUUGUGACUUUCUUUAUGUUACCCUACUCGUUACAACAAAAAAGUAAUCGGAGUCCAAUUACUCUUUAAGAUAAAAGUAUGUUGGAUAACAACCUGCACCUGUCAGUGACAAAAACAACUUUUGGUGGACUAAUUUUGAUAAUUGUCUAAAAACAUUUUGAAACCAUUACAGCCUCCUUUUUUGCAGCAGGAUGAACAAAACGUAGUGGAGAUAUUUGUACCUUUUUGUCAUUUAGACCCAAUAAUAUGUAAAUAUAAAGGGCAAAGAUUGAAAAAAUGUCAGAAUUUCCUUCAGGUAAUUUUAUCACAGUAGACAAUUAUACCGACAUUGCGUCUUACUUUUACAUAAAGCAAAUUAAAGCUUGAUCUUUUAAUAUCAGAGAAAAAAAUCAUUAAUAUAUCAGUUGUGAAAUGCAAACAUAAGGUCAUGUCCUUAAAAAAUUUAAGCACAUCAACAAACCAAAAUAUUUCAGAGUACAGAGUGCAGGCUGAAGAAAAGAAAUAAAUGAUAGUACAUUUUUAAGGGCUCCACUACACCAUUUUGUUUAUUUUUUGAGUAUGACGUUGAUUGCACACCUGUACAGGAUUGUAAAAACUAUUUUUAAAAAAAAAGGGUCACACAGUGCGGCUGUCACUCUUUGGCUGUGCAGUUGCCUGUGUGACCAAGAGAUCACAUUAUAAUAAUCAGACUGAAUCUGGCCAUGUUCUGUCACUCUCAGGUUCUGUGCUGAAAUGAGAAAGCCUUAAUGCAAGACAGAUAUUUGUAUCAGAGAGCCUGAUAGACAUGCAGAAAAAUAGGGUUUAAUGAGACACUAACCAGACCCAAAAACACAAGUAAAAAACAUCCCAUAGUGAAGCAGCAUGCGUGAAGAUGAAAAUGAUGGCAAUGCAUUGCUUUUGUUUUUGUUAGUGCACCCUGCUCGUCCUCUCAGUGGCUUCAGGAAACAUCACAUAAGUCUGCAGCGAAAAAGAAAAACUGGUGCUUUUUCUUUCUUUCUUUUUUUUUUUUUUUUUUUUUGGGUCUGGACACAGAAUAAAGACCUGUGACAGAGACAGAACAACUUUGUUUCUCUGCAGGAGGAGCUCAUGUUCACUCAGAUUAUCAGCCGUGUAAAUAACGUACUCAUGUGGAGGGGCGACAGUAUGAAGACAAACAUCCACUGUAUAAAAAGGAGUCCAAACUGCAGAACUUUGUGCUUCCUUUUGAACAGAAAUGUGUAAUCAAAGAAAUCAAAACUGUGUAUGUGAAUAUUCAUGUAUAAAGAAAAUUAAAUAAAGUACUUAAAUAUUAUAAUUACACAGAGCCGCCGCUCCAUUGAUGGAAGAUCAAUCAUCAGAUUGAUGAAAAUCUGUGAUGCCUUUGUUCUUAUCAGAAAUAGACGGUAUGUUUCAGACUGCCUGCAUUGCAGACAGUGAGUGUUACCUGUCCAGGUAUGAGUCAAAGCUGCAGGCUGUCUGAAACGCGUCUAGACUGUAACAUAUCGCGUGUAGAUACACACUGUAAACACAAGCCACACUGUACAGAAUGCCCCUCUACUGGAGACUGUGUAUAGAAGAUUCAUUUUUAAUCUGCUUCCAGCCAUUUUAAUGAAGAGAGAUGGAUUUAUGAGAUACAAUAAAUAAGAGAAUAAA